AAUCUACUUAUUUUUUGAUGAGGCCAACAACUCAUCAUCUCGCUUUUCCCUUUCAGAAUCGCAAUCACUUCGGCGUCAUCGCACUGAACCUUACUCGCCGGAAAUCUCAGCCGGAGAAGUCACCGUUCACCAGAAACUGUGACAAAAUCGUUCAGGGUUUGUUGGGAUUGGAAUAGCAGAGAAGAUGAAGCAAGUAGUAGGAAUGGUGGUUUCAAAUAAGAUGCAGAAAUCGGUUGUUGUAGCAGUUGAUAGAUUGUUCCACCACAAAAUGUUCAACCGAUAUAUUAAGCGCACUUCGAAGUUUAUGGCUCAUGAUGAAAACAAUCUUUGCAACAUCGGUGACCGAGUUCGAUUGGAUUCUUCUAGGCCUCUGAGCAAGCAUAAACACUGGGUGGUUGCUGAAAUUCUUAAGAAAGCACGCAUAUAUGUUCCUCCCUCUGCAACAGUGUCUGAGAAUGCGAGCUCGAACUCUGUAGGACCUACAUCUACGUCAUAAAUUUGCUCAAGGACGAAUUUUAAUGUGGCAUAUUCCAAGGUUGGUUAGCUUGUUUGUUGAUGGGUUAGAAUCAGUCUUCUGGAACCUCAGAUGACAUAAGGUCUUAUUAGAUGUCAAGAUGUCAUAUUAUGUGAUCUCUAUUGCCAUUUGUGCAAUUGAAUUAUAGUGUAGGAUGAUUAUAAAAAGGUUUUGUAUGUCUGCAGAUUUCUGAUUUUCAAAAUAAUUGAUAAGAUAUUUAAAUGUGGUAUCUGUAUUA